AUGCAUUCGUACGGACGAAACCUUCUCUUGGCGCUUCUGUCAGGCUUGACAUUGGCGGAGUCCUCCCCAAGCCCGUGUGGUUCAGCUCCCUCGGUCCAUCUUGACAACGGCACCUAUAUAGGCGUGCACAACGAGCAAUAUGAGCAGGACUUCUUCCUCGGCAUCCCAUACGCGCAACCUCCCGUUGGUCCUCUCCGUUUCGCAUCGCCUCAGCCACUUAAGGAAUCCUUCGACGAGCCUCGAUCCGCUACCGAAUAUGGGUUGAUGUGUAUUGGAUACGGUUCGGAUACUGCGAACCUAGGCAAUCCCGUUUCUGAGGACUGCUUGACUGUCAACGUCGUCCGUCCUGCAGGUACAGGAGCAGGAGAUGACCUCCCGGUCGGUGUCUGGGUGCAUGGAGGGAGCUACGUGAUGGGAGGUUCGCGUGACCCAAGGUAUAACCUCAGUUACAUCGUCGAUCAAUCCGUGAAAGAGAACAAGCCGAUCGUGGCCGUUUCAAUCAACUACCGACUCUCCUACUGGGGCUUCCUGUUCGGAAAGGAGAUGCAAGACGCAGGGGCCGGCAACAUUGCCUUCAAGGACCAGCGUAUGGCGCUGGGAUGGCUUCAGGACAACAUCGGCGCGUUUGGGGGCAGCCCGGACAAGGUCACAAUCUGGGGAGAGUCAGCCGGCGCUCGAUCUCUAGGAAUGCAGCUCGUCGCCUAUGAUGGAAAAUCCGAUGGCUUGUUUCGCAGCACGAUACUCGAGAGUGGCAGCCCCGUAGCCAAGUUCGUCCGUGCCGAGGCCUGGCAGUCAUACUUUGAUGCUCUAGUUGAGCAGACGGGAUGUGCUGCGGCUGCUGAUCGAUUGGACUGCCUGAGAGAACUUCCCUGGCAGACACUCAACAAAAUCUUCAACGGUACCACGUCGUUGGGUGUCACUUCACCCACGCUCAGUGCUGUAAUCGAUGACGACUUUAUGACAGACCAAGCAACUCAGCUCCUGAGUGAGGGUAAAUUUGCCCACGUCCCGCUUCUACUUGGCAACAACUUCGACGAGGGCACAGCGUAUGCUAAACAGGGUAUCAACACCACGGCACAGUUCCAAGCCUGGCUCACUAGCUUGGGCCUAGACAGCACUCAAGUCGCAAGCAUCACGGAGCUGUACCCGGAUGACCCUGACGUAGGUAUUCCCGCCUCCUACGUUGGUCGACCUGCUGCGAACCCAUGGGGCCUGCAGUGGAAACGAGUGGCGGCCUUCGCGGGAGACUAUCAACAACAUUGUGGCAGGAGACUACUGGCAGAGUCAUACGCUGGUGUUGAUCUACCUGUAUACUCUUACAUGUGGAAUGUCUACGUCAAUGGCCUGGGACCUAUUUACGGAGCAACGCAUUUCCAGGAAGUUGCCUUUGUUUUCAACAACAUCCAGGCGGCUGGAUACGCGACUAGUCCGUUUGAGAACAAACCUGUGACAUACAUUCAGUUGGCCGACCUGAUGAGCAAGAUGUGGGUGGCCUUCAUUCACGAUACCAAUCCCAACCUGGGCAAAGGCUCUUCGGAAGCUGUCGCAUGGCCGCGGUACACGCUCGCACAGCCUGACAACCUUGUAUUUGAUGUCAAUCGUACUGGUUUAUCAUAUGUUGCGGAGGAUGAUUAUAGAAAGUCAGAGAUCUCAUAUCUCUUGCAGGAUGUGUUUUAG